UAAGUUAUGACACAAUUUAUGUCAGAUAUAUUUUCUUUAUUUUUUUUACUUUAUACAUUUUAAUGUUUUAUCAUUUUAUAAUAAAUAAUUAAAACUACAAAACGUUUCCGGAACAUUGUUUGACAAUCAUUUCACGUGUUCAUUUUGAAAUAUACCGGUAUCCAGGAGGCUCGUUAAAUCAAUACAAAUUUCCAAUUCCAAUGUAGUGAACACGAAAAUGGCGAGUCCGAACCCCGAAAAUGAUUUAUCAUCGAUGUUUAUGAUAAGGGACGAUACUAAAACAGCAAAAAGCCCAACCCGCUCAGAGCCAACUUCGAGAAGAAAUUCCUCAACAAAAAGCAAUGUUCCGGCCGAAAUCAUUACGGUAAAGGAUUUUUUUGAUUUUAUGAAGACUGCUUACCAAGUCUACGAACAUCUGGAAGGUGAUGAAGACGAUUCGAAGAUAGACUGGGAGGAACUUACCAAACUAACUGUCCUGAAUCAUGUGAUAGAACAACAAGAGAGGGAUCUUUUACACCAAACGGCAUUCAAUGACCCAAAACCUGUAACGAGUAAGAGUGAAUCAGCUUUGGAAACCAAGACGGACGGUGAACGCGUUGAAAAGAGAUACAGUUGCAGUGAAAUAGAAGUGAAAGGUCGUCGUCGUUCACUGCCGCCUGAGGGGAAGGUUGAGAUGCUUGGUGUUUGGACAGAGGCGAAUUUAAACUGUAAACUUAACGAUGUAAUAAACGAAGGCAUCUUGGAUUCUAUUCUGCCGUAUUUGGUUGGAUACAAGAAACCUUCAAAGACAACAAGUGUUUAUGCGCCUGUUAUCAAAAAAGUCCCGUCAAAUGCUACAGAUGUGAAAAAACCAGCUAGUUUUGGCGGUUUCAUUAACGAAAAAGAUUCUCGAGAUCGCCUAGGAAGACGUAAAUCUUCAAUAGCCACAGCACAAGAGAGAUCAACCCAGAAACAAGACGGUGAUGUUGAAAUCCACGUUUGUGACGAAGUCAAGGGAAUGAAAAAAGAUUUUAGAUGUCCUCAAAAAUUACUUGUGUCCAAAAUGGGUUACUUCGCUGACGUCACCGCCGGGCAGAGGCUUGAAGAUAUGGAUAUAUCUGUACAUUGCGAUAUACAGAUUUUCGACUGGCUGAUGCGAUGGGUGAAGAGGGACUCCAUCUUAGUGGCAGACUGGCCGCUACUGGACCCUCACAAUGUGGUGCCGAUACUCGUGUCUGCUUCCUUCCUUCAGAUGGAGCCGCUUCUGCAUGAUUGUUUAAUAUACUGCCACGCUCACUUGAACGACAUAGUGAAGACCUCUACUAACCUGGCUUGUCUCAGCGAUGCUCUGCUUACUAGAUUAGCCGCCAUGUACACAAACGCUGAGUUAGAAGCGGUGAGAGACCGUAAGGACAAGAUCCAAUCGCGGCUGUUCUGUAAAAUGAUUCUGUCCCUCGCCGAGCCUGUCCCGGAGACUCUGCGCGGACACUACUCCACACUCGCCACGCUCUUCAAAUGCAACAAGUGCAAUAAACUACUAGGGCGUCAUAUAGCUGAACAAGUGCCGUGCCAACCGUCCAGCAUGCGCAUCGAUAGACGCGGGAAUGUUGUCUCUACGCACACCAAGGAACCUAAUUGGAGCCUAAACGAGUACAUUACGUGGCUGUACGGGGAGUUGCGGUCAUGGCGGCGCGUUUACUGGCGCCUCUGGGCCGACUGUCACUUCCUGCGCUGCCAACUGUGCGAUAGCUACUUUCCUGCAUAUCAGAUGGAGUGGUGCUCCCACCACGAGCAGCAGGCGCACAUGUUCGUGGUGGAGGGGCGCGCGCCGCUGCCGGCCGGCCGGUACCCGUGCUGCGGCGAGCGCGCCUACAGGUUCGAGACCAUCACCAGGAACACGGGUUGUCAGUUCCGCGAGCACGUGCCGGACGAGCGACUGGCGACCGACGCGGCCGUCAUGGAGAUAUACAACCAGUUCCGCGACAUCAUCGCCAUGAGACCGCCGCAGCUUAUGUUCCCUGAGAGGCUCACACGGCUUGUUGGCAGGGAACCAGGCGACGAGAGCACCGGCCGUCUCCAAUGCAAGGAAGUAUUCUGGUGGGAGGGCAUCCAGCUCGUGCCGCCACGGCCGCCGCUCGGACUACUGGGGAAGCUCUACACGAGCAACAACAAGUUUAACGGAAACGCAGCUUCAGCGCGGGCAGCGUCGCCCGUAGCCGGAGACCGGUCCGUGCACUCGCUAGCUGGUGGCGGGACCCACCCCAGCGCCGCGGCCUCGCCACACGCAGAGCCCCGGACCCCCAAGCCACUGAAGUCCGCUCCUGGAGAGCGCGGUGACAGUCCGCACCGGAAGAAAGGCGCGUCUGGCGGCGGCGACGACUCGGCGGGGUCUGAGGGCGAGUCGUCCUGCUCGAGCGACGCGUCCGAGCGCAGCGCGCGCAGCGACGAGGACGCCGCGCCGCGCCGCCCUGCGAGACACGCGCCGCCCGCCAGGGCCCGGGCGCAUCCCGCCAGACGCGGUCGCGCUGGCGGUCGUGAGUGGGCUGGUUGUGCCUCCGCGCGCAGCAACCAGGAUGCGCAGCGACGCUUCGAGGAGCGCGCCAACCGGCACAUGCGCGCCGCGCUCGCCAGGACACCGCACGCACGCGACCAGCGCGCCAAGCCGCCCCCAGGCGGUGUGUACGCGCGGCUGGAGUCGGAGUGGCGCGAGCGGCACGGCGCGCGCGCCCGCUCCGCCGCGCCUCCGCGCCGCGCGCCUCACAAGUACAAGCCCGCCUGA